AUGCAACAGACACUCAACUUGCCAGGGUCUCUCAGCUUGCCAGGGUCUCUCAGCAGAACCCCAUUAAGACAAGAAGUGAGCUUGUUGAGAGACAGGCAGGCAUACCAUGCAGCUUCUCCUAAAUUCAGCAUGCUGCUGUGCACAUUUGUUUUCUGAAAGCACUCCAAAGCAGCAGCUGAAAGAAAACGUUAGGAGAGAAGAGGCUUUGAAAGCAUGAACAAGAGCAGUUUUAACUUUCUGAACAGUCACAAUAUACCAAACAGUGCUGGGCAUAUGGUAAGUCUCAAAAGGGACAAGUUGGGAAAGGGUUCUGGAUUCAGGAGAAAUACCUUGGUUAGGUCUUGGCAACCAGCAACCACACCCCUGGGGCAACCAGCAACCACACCCGGGGCAACCAGUCCCAGCUCCAUCAGCAGCACCCAACCAAACAGACCUGCCACCGCACAACCGGCUACUCAGGUCUGGGCAGAUGAGCAGGCAGCACUGCAGCCAGACCAGGUCCAACAGGAUAAGAUCUGGAGAGAGUCUGUUGAGGCCAAAUAGAGAGGAAGGCAAAUCUGGUAUCAGAACUGGAGUUUCCUUAAGUACUAUGACCAAACAGGUAAGAGAAAGGAGCUCAAGCCGCCAAACUAUAUAGCUGUGUUCUCAAGGAAAGUUCCCAAUUUGACCAAUCAAACUAUCCUCAGUCAAGUGAACACUGAGCUUGGCAGAGCUCUGGUUAUGGAUUAUUUCUUCAGCAGUGGAGCACGAAAGAGGAAACUUGAGGGUGAGCUCCAACUUUCCUAGUGUUUCAGUAACAAUAGAACAGUAACAAAGCAAGUUGAAUGGUUCUAGCUAAGCUGAAUGGUUCUAGACACAGCAUGAAAAAAUUCCUCCAUCUUUUCUACACAGACCAACACUACUGUCUGGCACGGAUUUUCUUUCAAGGGCAAAAAUAGAUGUUGUCCAGCAAUGCUGUAGGAGAUGAGUUUUCAUUUUUGUUUCUUUAGAUUUGCUGUUCUCAAAUUCCCUUCUCUUACUCUUUUCUCUGGUUUAGCUGAUAAAAACUCAUUGACAAGGAAGCAGGCUUUCACAUUUUGCUCUGAAGGCGUGUUGGCUCAGCAACCUGUCUUACACCCUCAGGACUGACAACCUUGAAUUUAACAGGUUCAUAGUCCCUAAAAUCUGUGGUUGCCCAGGGAAACCAUCAUCAAGAUAAACUGACACAAUACCAAAAGCCUGUUCACUAGUGCCUCUUUAUUACAUAGGUUCAAACUUUAUGACCUAUUAUUCUGUAAGGAAAUAUCAGCAAGCAGCAGAGCAUGGAGAAUGUACACACAAUACCUGCCUUUUGAACUGUGCAUAGCUUCCAUAGGAUCAUGCUCAGUUCUAGGUGGAGCUCAACACAGAAUCCAUUAGAAUGGCCUCAACACAAAAGGCUGCAAUCUCUCACCAGACCCAGGUGGAGAUGAGUGCACUUAUGUCUUGCAAUUAAAGCUAUUUUGUUUUUAUGAUUAGACUUCAGUGGCAGAAGGCAGCUCAGAAGCACAAGAGGUGACUGAGCACUGUGAGCACUGUGAUCACAGAUCCAAGUGGUUUCAGGAAAAAAAAAAGGCACUGUAGAAAGAAGAGCCAAAUCCCACUCACUGAAGUCACAGUAGCAAGUGGUUCUUCUCCUAAUUUCCUCAACACAGUGAGAACUGGAAGAUUAAGGCUUUUGAGAUGACAGGUAAGUUAUCUAAAGAAGGAACAUCGCGUCAUGCAAUCAGCCCAAGUGAGGAGGACGGAUUUCACUCUGCAGAUAUGAAUUGUAUUGGACAAUUGAGUUCAGUUGGGACUGAAAAAGUAGGUUCCAAAUGGGAACCUACUUUUUAAAACAGACAUCUUCCAAAUGGGAACCUACUUUUUAAAACAGACAUAUUCUAGUUCAGCUAAAAAGCUCUCUGCUCUCUCCUGUGAGAAGAAAACUGCACCAGGAACUCACUUGUUUUCACACAUCUGAAAGUGGGAGAGCAGAGAGCAGAUAAAGACUUUCCUUGUCCCUGUGCUGUCCAGGAGCUUCUUGAAAAACUGCCCAGUCCACUUAGAGGUUACAUAUUUAUUAGACAUUGCAUAAUACCGAGAGUCAUUAGACUUGCAUGCCUUACUCUGAGAUGUACUGAGCAGCUGCAAGUGUUUCUAUGGGUCACAAACUACACUGAGUGGUGGAUGUCCAGCAUCUGUCAGGCUCAAGCUCCUACUCAUGUAAGAAUGUCUCAUUUAUAAAGCACAGGGAUUUUGUUUUUCAGCAUGAAAGCAUACAGAGCUCCAUGUUUCCUAACCUCCAGAUGGCACUCACUCCACAUCAAGUAAUCCACCAAAAAAGGACACUAAGGCAUAUGACACAAUUCCUUUUACAUUUCAAGGGACAUGAAAUAAUUCCAGAUUCUUGACUCUGUUUACUGUGUAUGAAUCCAGAGAAUCCUUCUCCCUGAGAGUUCCUGCAAACUAGAGGGUAAGAGGAUGGUCUCAGCAGGGCACGAUUUAAUCCUCCCACUUCACUUAGAACUGGCAUUGUUUCAACUGAAGCACUUCUCCUAGUUUUGCACAAGACUUUCCACAUAUUACCCUAAAGAUGUGGGCCGCUAAGCAGAGUUUAAAGAAGCAGUGAUGGAAACUGGAGUACAGGAAGACAUGCUAUAUAAGGAAAGAUUAAAAUGACUGUUAAAAGUUUAACCUGAAGAAGAAAAAGCUGUCUUGGGAAGAGGGUAGCAGUCUUUUGAUACAUGUAUAACUCUGGAAUGAGAAAAUGAAUCAUUUUGCACUUUAUGUGAGUGGUAGGUACCAGGAAAAAUAACAAGCUUAAAUUAUAGCAGGGAAGAAUCAUGUUAACUUUUCGAAAAGCUAGUAGCAAGGAUAAUAAAGCACUGGAAUGGAUUCCCUGAGGAAUCUUCACCUUUGAAGGUUAAACACACACACCCAUCAAGAGGGAUGUAUUUAACAGGGUUUAUCUUUUACUGUAUAAAUGGAAUCACUAUCUAAAGAGCUCUUCACCAAUUCUCUGUCUAUACCAGAGCUGCUGGUAUAUACACUUUGCAAACAUGAUUUUUCAAAUACAUUCACAAAGAAUUUUAAAAAAAAUCUAUUUUAAUUAUACCAGCUUUAAACAGAUUUCACAUCUAAAAUACAGAUUAAUCACAUAAUUUUUUUGAUUGAAAUAUAUUUCUAAUCCUUCUAACGACUCAUAGAAGAUGCUUUUCACAAAGUCUAGUUGUGUCUCUUUUAAUCACAUACAUCUGAGAGGCUUGUUUAGUGUCCUCCUGACAACCACAUAAGGACAUUUCUCAAGUUCCCCGUUGAAAUCAAUAGCAACUCUUAAGCACUCUGACAUCUUCAUGAUUAAGGGGAAAAUGUCCAGAGAACCAAAGCAGCCCACAUGGAAUAGAUGAGAUAACCUGUGUGAUAUGGGAAAAUUGUGUUGAACCGGACACCUUAUUUUGUUCAAUUAUUACACUUUCCCUGGAAAUGUAAAUUAUUUUACACUACUGCAAUUAGCUCUUCUCUGAUACCCAGCACUACACUUCCAGUUUGGGUCUCUCUACCAUGUGCAGCAACCUUCAGAAAAGACCUUUUGGGAAUAUCCACGGUCCUUAUCAAAACUGCCUCAGCACCUGCAAGCAGAAGGCAGCAAACAGAUAUUCUGUAGACACCAAUUUCAUGCCAACUUUAACAGUAAUUUUUCUUUUAUGAUAAUUAACUUUGCCAACUAAUCCUUAUUUGCAUAAGCAGAGAGUCUUAGAAAGAUUGGAUGAGAUUACAACAGUAGUGAAAUCUGUAAAUAACCGGUGGAAAUUCCAUUUAUUAAAGAGAUUGUGUAGAUAUUAAA